GGUAAUAAUACAACUCUUGUUGAGUUUCUUCCUGGUUUUGAUGGCCCACUUCCUUUUCAUCUUGAGACUGGGUCCAUUAGCUUUUGCUCAAAAAACAUUUAAUGGAAGCCUACCUAUUCUUGUUUCUGCUCCAUAUUCUUGGACAAAGUUUGCAAGUAUAAUUUUCUUGGACCAGCCUUUAAAUACUGGAUUUUCAAUAACUUCAACAUCCAAAUGUACUGAUGAUCUACAAGCUAGCAAUUAUGUCUAUGAGUUUCUAUUAAAGUGGUUCGAUGAUUAUACAGAAUUUAUUUCGAAUCCCUUUUAUGUUUCUGGGGACUCAUAUUCAGGCAUCAUAAUUCCAGUUAUUGUUCAACUAAUAUCAGAUGGAAAUGAAACAGCCAACAAGCAAUUGAUCAACAUUAAGGGCUAUACACUUGGCAAUCCAGCAACAUUUCCAGAAGAAAAAAAUUAUCAAAUUCCUUUCAGUCAUGGUAUGGGCCUAAUUCCUGAUGAACUUUAUAAGUCACUAAAGGAGAAUUGCAAAGGUGAUUAUCAAAACAUAAGUCCUACAAAUGAACUAUGUGUACAAUAUCUUACAAUGUUCAAGAAGCUUGUAAGUGGUAUAUAUGAUCUACAUAUUUUAGAGCCUCUUUGUGGAUUAGACUCUCCAAAUCAACAACAAUUAUUUGGUGAAAGAAGAUCACUUGGAGAGGAUUUUGUCACGUUGAAAAAUGAUGAUUCCAUUUGUCAAGAAAGUCGUGUUGCUAAACUUGAGCUCUCAUUUUACUGGGCAAAUAACCCUAAAGUUCAAGAGGUCCUCCAUGUUAUAAAGGAAAAAAUUGAAAGACCAUGGUUGAGAUGUAGAAGAACUAUGAAGAAUACAACUUACAAAAUGACACUCAUGAAUAGUAUACCUUAUCAUAUAAAUCUUAGUUCUGAAGGUUAUCGAUCGCUUAUAUACAGUGGUGAUCAUGACAUGUUAGUUCCUUUUCAAUCGACUCAAGCAUGGAUAAAGAGUUUAAAUUAUUCUAUUACUGACGAUUGGCGUCCCUGGAUUGUUGAUGGUCAAGUUGCAGGUUAUACAAGAUCUUAUUCUAAUCAUAUGACAUUUGCAACAGUGAAGGGAGGAGGACACACUGCUCCAGAGUAUAAACCUAAAGAGUGUUAUCAUAUGUUCAAAAGAUGGAUAACUCAGCAACCUUUGUAAAUUUGUGAAUUCUUGGAAGUGUUAAAUAAAAUUUAUUUCUUAAAAAAUAAUUGUGUUUGUGACAAUUUGAUGUUUUUCAACUAAAUAUGAGAUGCUAUAUAAAUA